AUGGAGACAGUAAAGAAGAUGAGAUUUAAAAGCUAUUUUAUCUUCCUAGUUACGGUGUGCUCAAGGAGACUCUUUGCAGAAGAUACACCUUGUGAUUUGCCACAGAUAGAAAAUGGAAACCUUCCCCAGUACUAUUACAGUUUCAAAAGUUACUAUUUCCCUAUGCAUAAAGGGAAAAAGCUCUCCUAUUCUUGUGUGGUUGGUUACACAACUGAAAGUGGGACUCAAGAUGGAAGAAUAACUUGUACAGCAAAAGGAUGGUCUCCAGUGCCUCGAUGCUACAGAAAAUGCACCAAGCCUCUUUUGGAAAAUGGCUCUUUUUACAGCACAGAAAUGGACUUCAAAAUCCAUGAGAAACUGCAAUACAAAUGUAAUCCAGGCUACCUCACCCUGAGUGGUGCUGCUGAAGAUACAGUGCAGUGUCAGCCACAAGGAUGGUCCUCCCAGCCAAGCUGUACUAAAACACUUGGGCGGUGCCAGGUGCCGCGGCUGGAGCACGGCAGCUAUGCAGGCACGGCGCGGGAGGUGCGGCAGAACGGGACGCUGCGGUACCGCUGCCAGCCGGGAUUCCGCUCCGCCACCGGGAGCGCCGCCGCGGCGGCCCUGUGCCUGCCCCACGGAUGGGAUCUGCCCCCACGCUGCACCAGGAUAACUUGCUCCGCUUUGAGCGAAGUAGCUCAUGGAGGUUUCUAUCCUGUGAAGAAAAGCUAUGAAGAAGGAGAUGUAGUUCACUUUUUCUGUGACAAACAAUAUUCUGUCACUGGAUUUGAUUUAAUUCAGUGCUAUAAUUUUGGGUGGUAUCCAGACCCUCCAGUGUGUGAAGAUAUAAAAAAUAAAUGUCCUCCACCACCACUCCCUCGUGGCCAUUUCAGCACAGCCAGAACAUAUCAUAAUGGAGACAAGGUUAAUGUACAGUGCACCUUGGGAAGGAAAGGAUCUGAGGAAAUCCAGUGUGAAGGAGGAAAAUGGACAUCACCCUCUAUCUGUAUUGGAGCUGUGGAUAACCAGGAAUCUGGGACAGCACCACCACCACUCGAGGCACAUGCAGAAACAAGGGCAAACCAAUCACAUCACAAUGAAGAUAUGAAAAUGCAGCAAGACUGUGCCUCUCCACCUGUGGUUAAAAAUGGUGCUGUCCUGGGCCCAGUACUGGCAAGUUACAAAAAUGGUUCCUGGGUAGAAUAUGUUUGUCAGUAUUACCACAUUUUGGAUGGGCCCAGUACUGUUUAUUGUCACCAAGGAAACUGGACAGAGCAACCAACCUGCUUAGAACCAUGUACUCUGAAUGUAACUGAUAUGGACAGCAACAACUUAACACUGAAAUGGAGACGGGAAGAAUUAGUUUUCCUCCAUGGAGAUCUCAUAGAGUUUGAAUGUAAACAGGGAUUUAGUUUUCUCCAGACUGCCAUUCCAUCUCCUGGGAGGACACAGUGUGACCAAGGCAGACUGAAUUAUCCAAAAUGUGCUAUUCAAGCUGCUACAGAAAAAUGUGGCUCUCCACCCUCUAUUGCAAAUGGAGCUCUGACUGUCCCAGCACUGCCCCAGUAUGACAGUGGCUCUUCAGUUCAGUAUAUUUGCUCUGAGUAUCAUUUUUUGCAAGGCUCUGAGAGAAUCUACUGUUCUGAAGGACAAUGGACCUCACCGCCAGUUUGUAUAGAACCAUGUACUUUGUCAAAAACUGAAAUGGAGAAAAAUAAUGUGCUGCUGCAAGCAUUCUAUGCAGACCAAGUUUACUUUUACCAUGGGGAUUAUGUUGGAUUUUACUGCAAACAGAACCAUUUUGGAGCAGAAUCUGGCACAACUUUAUUUCAAGUACAGUGUGAGAGAGGACAGCUGGCAUAUCCAAGGUGUGUUGAAAGAGAAAAGCAAGUACGGACUUGA